GUAAAUCUUCCACUACCGGAUCACAUUCAGCUAUCCAUUGAUGAUUAUCGUUUUUUGUUUUCCCUUGAAACUUUCCAAAUAUCCCCUAUCUAUUUGCAGGUGGAACGACCACAAACAACUGCGAUAGUGAAACCAUCUACGCCAGCACGCGAAGUGAUAAAAGCUAACGGUCGCAGCUCUUCCGGUGGAGGUGGAGGCGCUCCGAUAGCUCAAGCAGAGUGUAGCGAUACCGAUUACGAUACAGCAAGGAGCUUAGCCAGAGCGGCAAGUGUGGAGAAAAAUGGCAGUUUGCAUAGCGGAAGCACCUUAAGGGCGCAACGAGAUAUCCUUUUUCAUUCUAAAUUGGCCAUUAAUAUGUUUCUGCCUCCUUUCACUUUUCACAUUGGGCAAAAGGAAGCAUUGAGGCGUGAAGUUAGCCAGAAUGAACAGCGUGCUCAAUCUGCAGAUUCAAGAUCGGCGAAAAGUAAUGGAGCGAGUAAAGGACGUCGAAGAUCCAUCGAAAGACCUCGAAUGUUUAGUGGAAUCAAACCAAGUCGACUCAUGAAUCCCCAUAAGCUCAUCUCUAACUAUUAA